AUGAACGAGCGUUUAGCGGCUGAGCCUCAGGCCCGUGUGCAGCAAAUCGAGAUGAUCUUGAACCAUCACAUCUGGCAUGCUGUACGACUCGACAUGCCAAAAGGGGAAGGAGUAUUGAUACGAGCUAGAGAAUGGAGCUACGUCAACAUAGACGACAGUCCCACUCUUUCCGAGAUCUACUUGGGCUAUAAACCAUUAGGCCGCCGGUCAACACAUCCACUGUCCGCACUCUUCGAGGUCGAUGACCAGCGAUUACCGCAUGUGACGAUGGUUGUGGAACAUUACAGCGAGGAAGAAGCUGGCGAAGGCAUCCGAACCCAUGACUUGGCUUAUAUCCUUCUGGCGAUGCAAGUGCGGUACUCUCAGCCUGAAUUCAGCGAGUACAAGAAGAUCCCGGUCCUACUUCUAUCCUUCAUGACUCCACAGCACGGGAGGAUCAUGGAGGCGUAUCUAGAGGGCAGAAAACUCAUACUAGGAGUCAGCCGUAUGUACAGCUUCAAAAUGAACAGCGAGGCUCCGUUUGAGCUCUUCGAAAGUUGGCUUCUCGGCGACCCGGUCGGCCUCACAUCAGCCGCUGAGGCGUCUGACAAGGCAAGCCACGAGACUCGGACCGCCCAGGAGACAGCAGCUGCGGCAGGUGGGGAAUUUGUCAUAGCCAAAGACAUGUCAACUUCAAUGUCGGUGCAGUCUAGCAGCGUCGACGACGGGUCACCUGUACCAAGUGCGACGUCUGAAGUAGGCAAGGAGAAUAAACGUCCACUUAGAAGUCAAUCAAUUAAAUCUGGCAGGCAGAAGAAGAAGAGUCGCAAGUGA